AGCUCUUUGCUGCUGUGGUUCAGAGCUGUGGGGGAGCCCUUUGGGUUGUCUCUCUGAUGGUGCUGGUGGAAAGGCCAGGCAUUUGGGAGAGGGGGAAUAACUUGCUUUGCUGCUGGGCUUGUCCCAGGUUUAGGCGGUGAUGCUGAGAAAUGAUGAUGAGUCGGUCCUGAGCAGGGUGCCUUGCGCAAGGGCAUGCCACGCUAGGCAUCAUCUGGUAAGGAAGUGAAACGAGGAAGACGACAGCAAAUCUGAGUAUGUUUUGUGCUAGUAUUGUGUGAUCCCCAUUACCACAUCUCUCUGGUGCUCUUUUUGUCUAGAAACCUCUGCUCUAAAUGCCCUCCGUUUGGGGAUGUUCUCAGCCAUCCCCAAGUCCCUAUCCUACAGGGCACCCUGUCAUCCCUGCAUUAUUUUCCCCUGGUCUCGUGUGGCUGGGAGCAUUUUUGUGGGGAACUGUAGCAUGCAUCUGGACCGGGAGGGAGGAUGUGAGAGAGGAAACAUCUGAACUUGCUAACCGUGACCUCAACUCAUCUUCCUAGCUGGGUUGAGAGGGGGAAGUGGGCUGGGCAAGUUAUUUGGUAGGCAGCUUUCUUCCUGAUGUCAGGUCUGCCCUGCCAGCCCACUGCUCAGAUUAGAAACCUGCCAGCUUUGGGGUAGAUGCAUCUGCAGCUGGAGCUCUCACAGUACUUUAAUGAGAGCAAAGCUGUUAACAAGGUGCUUGGGCUACAGGUCAGCACCUGGUGAACACCUUUUCUUCCUGUGUCUUCAGGCCCAACUAGGUCCUUGCAUCUCAGCUUUAGUUCUUCUCUUGAGAGGACAUAGGAGCUGCUCGAGCAGCAGUCGUAGUUGUGCUGUUCAACCGUGUCCUGUGUUUUCCCUCUGCUCUUGCUUUUUCUUGUGGGCCAAAGUGAACCCAAAGUCAUGCAGAGCUCAAGGGAAAAUACAGUCUGCAAGCCAAAGGGUGAAAGUCUCUCUUAACCAUCUUCCCUGUCUCAUGUGUCCAGGUCAUGAGCAGGAGGAUGGUUUGCGUGAAGUUAAUCUCUCUACCCAGAGGCUGCGUGUGCUGCCUCCAGCAGUCCUGAGCAACCCCAUGCUGGAGAGCCUUGACCUUGACAGGAACAAGCUCAGGAGCAUCAGUGGUAUUUCUAAGCUUUGCAGUCUGAAGAAACUGAUACUGUCCAAGAAUGAGAUUGUUGACUUUCCCAAUGAAAUCCAGAGCCUGAUCUGCUUAGAAAAGCUUGAGCUGAAUCAGAACCAAAUCCGGGUCAUCCCAGAAGGGGUUUUCUCCCAUCUCCCCAGGCUUAAACACUUGAGGCUGAACAACAAUCGUCUCAGUGCCCUCCCCAGGGACCUGGCAGCUUGUCAAGACAGUCUCCAGUACCUCAACAUCUCUAACAACCUGUUCCGGACCUUCCCCCAGCCUAUCCUGCAGCUGGCACACUUACAGGAGCUCCACAUGCAAAAUAAUGCCCUUCGCCAGCUCCCUAAGGAGCUCUUCCAGGGGCAAUCCCUGAAAAUGUUCAAGGCCAACGGGAACCCCCUCCGCGAGCCGCCCAGUGAAGUGUGUGCCGGUGGCAUCCAUCAGAUCCAGAAUUACUUCAACCAGCUUCGACAUGGUUUGGGGCAGGAGGACAAGAGGGUCAAGACCAUGUUCCUGGGGGCCUCACUGGCUGGAAAGUCCACCAUCUGCGAAAGCCUGAAGCAAGGGCAAACCAAACUGGUGCCCAGAGAAGAGCGAACAGUUGGGAUAGAGAUCAGUGAGUUCCAGAUUGAGGACUUCACAUUUCUCUUCUGGGACUUUGCUGGCCAGCUGGAGUAUUACAUGACUCACCACGUGUUCAUCACCCCACAGGCAUUUGUCAUUCUUGUCAUCAAUCUCCACAUGUACCAAACUAAUGACAAGACUUUCAAGGAUCUCGUCGGUUUCUGGAUCAACAACCUGUUCAUGAGAGUCCCAAACUCAGUGGUGCUUCCCGUGGGAACCCAUGUGGAUUGGUGCCAGGAGGAGGAGGUGAAGGAGAAGAGGCACAACAUCAUGGCCAAGAUCUCAGCCAUGCUGGAAGAGAGAAAAAGCAACCUCACUCAUUUCAUCAACAACCUGGAAGGCAGUGAGGAGCCUGAGUUUUACAUCGACCAGUGGGAGAGGCUGAAGGAGAUGGAGAGCUGCACAUUAACCAUCUUAAACUUAGUUGCUGUCAACUGCACGGAUCACCGUGAUAUCAAAAAGCUGGAGGCUAUAAUUUUGGAGCAUGUGAAGAAUGAGGAACUCUUCCCUGAGGUUGUCCGAGUGCUGCCUCCUGUCUACAGGCAGGUGGAAGCUGCCAUUGUGGAUAUCGCACAGAGCGAGGAGAUGGCAGACCAUGGCAUGAUGGACCUCCAGUACCUGCUCAGCAAACUCUCCCAGUGUGAGCACCUGGCCAACCUGGGCAGAGAGCUUCUCCAGGAUGUCCUGCGAUACCUCCACCGCAUUGGGCUUGUCGUGUGGUAUGAGGAAAUCAAGCACUUGGAAAGCACUGUUUUUCUCCAGCCUACUUUCCUAAUAACUAUAUUUAAGCUUCUUGUGAGGUAUUGCCUUGUCCAUCAGCUCGAGAGCAUCUCCGUGGACACACUGAUUGGGGAACAUGCUACCAUCAGAGACAGGUCUAACUGGGUGUGGACCUUCAAGUCAAAGGCAAUGCUGUGCCACCAGGCCGUGCGUGCCUUGGUGAAGCACCAGCUCUGCUCAGAAGGGAUGCGCGAUAUCUUUGAGGAAAUCAUGGGGGACAGGCCCCACAGAGGGAGAGGGAAGCUCUUCAGCCUCCUGGAGCACUUUGAGCUCUGCCUGGAAGUGAGGCAUGCCAAAGCACUCAACCCACAGGCCAGUGAGUUUGUGCCUGGAAAGCCAUGGGAGACAACGCAGGGCCAAGGCGAGACCUGGUACUUGUUCCCUACCUAUCUGAACCAGACUGAAGAGGUCUCUGAAGUGUGGGGAGGAGAUCACCCUGAGGACCUCCACAUCCGUGCCUACUUCUCACCUGAAAUACCUGAGGGUUUCUUCCAGAGGUUCCUUGUGAAAGCUUGCUCCUUCUACUCCACACACUGGGUGGCCAAGGCAACCUGCCUGCUCAUAUGUAAUGGCAAACCUCUGCUGAUCAAAGAGAAUAACCAGAGGGCCUACAGCUACCUGGAGCUCCGAUGCAGAAAGCCAGCAGGAAGAACAGGUUUCCGGUUUGCCUGGGACUUCCUCAUGGCAGUUGUGUUCAUCGUUCAGAAGCUUGCCGAAGAGUGGCCGGGGCUGCACAUGUGUGUGAAGACCCCCUGCCGAACAGCUGGCUGUCCUGCAGAGCUCAUCUGGCCGGACAUGGAUGGCACAAAUGCCAUGACAAAGGAAGACAUUAAAACCUGCGGGACAUGCGGGCACCGCUUUGGUACAGAGCUGCUGCUGCCCAAAGUACCCAGGCAGCUGGAGGAGCCCCCAGUACAGCCCUCUGCUCACUAUUACAUAACAAGCUAUGGGACUGCCACCUUUGGGCCCAGCAACAUCCAUAUCAAUCGACAGGUAAGGGUACCACCUCCCCUUGCCCAGCAUCCAACACUGUUGGCCAGGCUCAUCCUCCUCCCUCGCUCCUGAAAUGAGGAGUUGCAGCUGCUUCCAGCCAGGGGAAAGGACACCCCAUCUCCAGGCAGCACUCUUGUUACCAUGCUCCUCCCUGACAUACCACUACCUCUGCACCUCAGAGCUGAGCUCUGAGUGCUUAGUGCUGUAAUCGAUCCACCUUCUUC